UGUACAAAGAGAGGCUACCACUCAUGUUUCUGUCUGUCCCUCAUCUCUGUCUUUCUUUCUGAUGCUCUCAACCCAUCUCUGAUUUCUCUUCCACAAUGGAGUUCUUUUUUCUAUUCGAGAUGUUAUGGGAUCUCGGGAGUCGUCUCUCCAAAUGUCUCUGUGGCCAGGAAUCUUACAUCAGCAGUCUCAAAGAAAAUGUUGAAGCUCUGCAGGCCGCGAUGCUGAGGCUCAAAGACAAACGGGACGACGUUAAGAGAAGGGUGUCUGACGAAGAAAACAAAGGGUUACAACGGCUCGCUCAAGUUGGAGGAUGGCUUUCGAGGGUCGAAGCAGCUGAGAUCCAAGUGGGAACGAUGCUGGAUGCAAGUACAACCGAAAUCGACAGGCUGUGUUUGUGUGGAUACUGUUCCACCAAACCAUUAUCCAGUUAUGACUACGGUAAGGAGGUGGCGAAGAAGUUGAAAGAAAUCGAAGGCCUUGAAUCAGAGGAACGAGAUUUUGGUGCCGUGGCGGUGAGACCUCCGACAUCUAAGGUGGAGAAAAAGGAUAUCCAAUCCACGGUAGUUGGCUUGGACUCGUUCAUGGAAAGGGCUUGGGAGAGACUGAUGAAAGAGAAAGUCGGAAUCUUCGGGCUUUACGGCAUGGGGGGAGUGGGCAAGACCACCCUCCUUAAACAUAUCCAUAACAAUUUCUCCCACGUCGAAAACGAAUUCGAUGUCGUAAUUUGGGCUGAGGUGUCUCGGGAUUCACCGAUCGACAGUAUCCAAGAGCAAAUCAGGAAGAGACUAGGCUUUCGUGACGAUGAAUGGAGAGGAAAAACUCAAGAGGAGAAGGCCUCAGACAUAUGCAAUGCUCUCAGUGGAAAGAGAUUUGUUUUGUUCAUGGAUGAUUUAUGGAGUGAAGUGGAUUUGAGCGAGAUAAAAGUUCUGCAUCCGACCAGAGAAAAUGGAUGCAAAGUAGUGUUUACCACUCGUUCGGAGGAAAUAUGCAUUGGAAUGGAGGCUGAUGACAAUAUGGAAGUUAAAUGUCUGUCAUGGGAUGAUGCAUGGGCCUUGUUUCAAAGUAAAGUCGGAGAAAUGGCAUUGAAAUGUCACCCAGACAUUCCCAAACUUGCUAGAAAGAUUGCUAGAAAAUGUGGUGAGUUGCCCCUUGCUCUCAACAUCAUUGGCAAGGCCAUGGCUAGUAAAAAGACGGUAGAACGAUGGCGGCAUGCCAUCCGUGUUCUGAAUUCUUCUAGCCAUGAGUUUACAGGUAUGAGAAACGAGAUUCUUCCCAUUCUGAGAUUUAGCUACGAUCACUUAGAGAGUGAGGAGGUCAAAAUGGGUUUUCUGUAUUGUGCUCUGUUUCCGGAAGAUUUCGAAAUACACAGAGAGCAGCUGAUAGAUUAUUGGAUAUGUGAAGGAAUUAUAAAAACAAAAUGUCGCGGAGACAGAGACGAAGCUGUUGACGAGGGUCAUGAUAUAAUCAGUACGUUAGUUUCCGCAUGUCUAUUGAUGGACGAUGAAUCCGGAGAGAGGGUGAAAAUGCAUGACGUGAUUCGUGAGAUGGCCCUUUGGAUAGUACCUAAACGUGGACAGCAUGAAGGAUGCUAUAUCGUGAAAGCCGGUGAGAGAUUACGCCAGGUUCCCAAUAUCCAAAAUUGGGAAGAAGUGAGAAGGAUGUCGCUGAUGAGUAAUGAGAUAGAGGAGAUAGACGGAGAUGCCAACUGCCGUAAGCUUACAACCUUAUUCCUCCAGAAAAACAAUGUGAAGAAAAUUUCUGGCGAAUUCUUUCGAGCAUGGACAGGGAUUAAGCAGUUACCGGCUGGUUUACAAGACCUGAGAAAGCUAACACACUUGAACUUAGAGCAUAACGACUUGGAAGGUAUUGGAUGGAGGAUAUCAAGCUUGCGGAAUCUGCAAGUGCUGAGAUUGUGGAGGUCUGGCGUUAGUUGCGAUCUACAGCUAUUGGAGGAAAUACAACAGCUGGAGCAUUUAGCAUACUUGACAAUAAGUGUGAAUGGUGACGAUGUGGGGAGGUUUCUACGCAUCCGCCGCUUGACAAGUAUUACUCGACGCUUCGGAAUUGAUCAAUUAUCAGCAUCAGUUCUAGUAUUGGACCCUACAGCUUUGGGCAGCCUACGAGUGCUUGGGAUUACAGACUCUGAUAUCUCGGAGAUAAAGGUAGAUUUAGCAAGCAGGACGAUUCUUCCCAUUGACGACAGUCUGUCCACUCCAUGCUUCCGUAACCUCUCCGAGGUCAUGAUAUUAGGAUGCAAGAGACUGAAGGAUCUGACGUGGCUGUUGUUUGCCCCAAAUCUUGUGUCUCUGGGUGUGUGGUACUCGUCGCAAGUGGAGGAGAUCAUAAACGGAGAAAGCGCGGAAGCCAUUAGGAAUGGGCAACCACCCAUCACGCCCUUUGAAAAACUUGAACGCCUUGAGCUGCUCCAAUUGAAAAAGCUGAAGAGCAUCUGCCCGGGCACUCUUCCUUUUCCAAACCUCAAGAAAAUCAGUAUAAGCAAAUGUCCAGAGCUGAGAAGGCUACCCCUGGAUUCUGAGAGCGCCAGGAGGGGUUUCCAAGGCAUACGCGCGGAGAGAAGAUGGGCAGAGAGAGUUGCGUGGGUGGAUGAUGCUGCAAGGGAGCGGUUCUUACCCUUGUUCGUCUAUCAGGAUCGAUCGUGAAGCGAGGAGGAACCUUUUUCCCCAUCUCUAUUUCAGGCUCUCUCUCUCUCUCUCUCUCUCUCUCUGUAUCAUAACCCUUUGGAUUGAUCCUUUUCGGUGGAAGCUCUGUUGGGUUUGGAUUGUUUUCAUCUUCAUUUGGCGCUCUUUUUUUGCAAUUCUUCUGCAUCUCUUCAUGUCUCUCGGGAGAUUAGCAGCUUCUGAUUAUUUGUUUCGUUUAUUCAAAGGCAUUUGAAAGAGACAAUAUGUCUGGGUAAGUGUCUUUCCUGUCGUAGCCUCCUUUGGUCGUCUGUCUGCUGAUUCGGUUAUGGGCUCUGUUAUGCUUUCAUUACA